CUGAGUUGGAUUUUGCAGGGGCUGCAGAGUUGAUGAGGGACUUUUGAGCAGGAGAGAGGGUAGGUCAGAGCCAUAUUUUAGCAGGGUUAUGUGGCAGUGGUGGGAGGAUGAAUGGAACUCAAGAGUCCUAGAAAUUAGUCUUUUCAUUGUAAUGCCAUACAAGCCUGAUGCCUGAAUUCUGAGCCCUUCAAUCUCGUAAUCUGAGAAAGAGCUGGCCUUAUUUAGAGAGGCUUUCUGCAUCUUACAGCCAAGCACUGUGCUGCUUGCCAGCAGAGGUUGGUUUUAAUCAAGUAAAGAAGACAGGGUGGAUUUUCUUGACUGCCGUGGCUAGGAAUUACAUCUCAGGUCUCCUACAGUUUUCAGAACAUUCAGUGUACUGCUCUGGACGCUCCUGACAGCGCCGGGGCGCCCCCUUGCUGUGAGGAGAAACGGGCUUGGAGGGAAUACUUCCUAACAGUUUCCCCACUCCCGGUGGGGCGCUCCGGCGGCUGCGGGCCAUCAUCCACUCCCUCCUCGGAAAGGAAGUGAGGGCGGGGCCAGCGGGGCUCCCGCCCCUCUGCGUUGCCUUGGAGACCGAGUGCGUCCAGCUGCAGUUGAGGCUGGACUGGCCCUGGCUAGUGGUGCCUUCUGCAGGUGGGGCGCCAGCCCCGGGCGCAGGGCCUCCCUCCAUUGGCCGGGUUUAGAGGGGAUGGCCGGGGACUGCACCGCGCUCCUCGGUAGGCUGGCGGGCUGGUGGCGUGAGAGGAGCCUGCUGGGUCUUCUCAGCAUACAAUAGGUGCCUAAUUAGCACGGCCAGAGUCAGGCUGCUCCUUCCCUCCACUUCCGCCUCUCUUUGUCCACUUUUGGCGGGGAGUGGGGGAAGGAGGGAGUCAGGGAUCCUUCAACUUUGUUCAGCUCCAGUUUGGGGGGUCAAGGCCAGGUUGAAAUCCAAGAUGACACCUUGAGCACUUUUCCCAGGAGAGCUUGGGAGAGUGAAGCACAAAACAAUAACGAUUUAUUAUUCUGCCCCACCAAAGUCCUCUGGAUUUGCACACUGCGUGGCUGGAAGAGCCAGCCUUCUCCGGGAGUUCGGUUCUUGCCGGAGGGGCGCCCCGUUCAGCCAGCGGCCAAGAUGUCCUCAGUGGGGAAGGUGACCCAGGUUCCCAGCGGGAAGGUCUACCAGCAGAUCUUCGAGGCUGAGGUGCAGCUGGUCCGCUCUCUGGCAGCCACCAGGAAGCGCGCUGUGGAGAGUUCCAUGACCCCAAAGAAUGGCAGAAAACCCUUGAUGAAGAAGAUGGAUAUUCCUGAAGGGGAGAUGAUGUGUCCUCGGCAGCGGAAGUGGGCGCACAGCCUACCCAAUGACUGGGUCACGGAAAAUCCUGUUCUCUACAGGGAAAAGGAAAUAAUCAAGAAGAAAAAAGCUGAAGAAAGUGAGAGCAUCAUUGAAGCCAGAGAGGUCCGGGGCCUCAUGGACACCAUAGUUCCAGAGAGGAUCAGCACAACCACCCUGGACAGAGACUCCAAGAGGCAGGGCUACGAGAGUGCUCUGGGGAGUUUUAAGGAGGAGAUUGCUCAGAUUGGGAUGGAAAUGGAACCUCUCAUCUUAGAGCCAGGAGCACUUCUUUUAAAAAAGCUGGCAGCGUCUGAUGAGGAAAUCGACCAACUCUUCAAAAAGGUGGAAAGCGAUAUCAACCUUGAAGACUACACCAUCCAAACCCUGAUGGAGCUGUGGGAUCAGGUGGCUGAGAAGUUCCAGUUCCAGAAGCAGGGGAUUAAGGAGCUGGAUGAGACACUGACCUCGACCGAGUUCUCUCGGGCAGAUAAACUCAGAAGCGUGUUGAAGAAAUAUGUGGAAAUCAUAGAGAAAACUUCCUAUCUCAUGCAGCCCGACGUGUACACGCUGAUAAAUAAGGAAGCCAUGGUCAUAAACCAGGCCCUCCUGGGCAACCGGAGGGCCAUCGCCCAGCUGUUUGUCAACCUGAUGGAGGCCACGCUGCAGCAGGAGCUCGAGGGCCAUCGCCGCUGGAAGGGCCUGGUGGACACCUGGAAGGUUCUCAAGAAGCAGGCCCUGGUGCAGAGUUUCAGUGAGUUCAUGGCCAGUGAGAGGAUCCGGGCUCCUCCAGAUGUGAAGAAGGAGAUAGAGAGCAUGCUGAAGAACCAGAAAGCCCUGCAGCAAAAGCGGCUGGAGCAUCUCUGCACCAUCUGUGACCUUCUGCCCCCCAAUUACAGCAAAGCUCAGCUGACUGAAUGGCAUUCUUCUCUCAACUCCCUAAAUAAGCACCUUGAUGCCUACCACAUGGGCUGCGUGAUGCAGAUCCGCCUGCAGUACGAGAAGACCUGGCAGGAGUGCCUGGCCCGCGUGCAGGAGUGCAAGAAGCAGCUGCUGGACUGGAAAGCCUUCACUGAGGAGGAGGCAGAGAGCCUGGUGAGCCCAUACUUCUUCCAGAUGGUGGGAGUAUUCCAGAGCAAGGUGGAAGAGGAGCUGGAGCUCUUGGACAAAUCCUUCAAGGACCUGGCCAAGCAGACAGAAUGUCAGAGCUCGGAUCUCCUCAGCUACUUCCAAGAGGCCGUGAGGCUGUGGGAGGCACAUCAGAGCACGCUGUCCGAACAGGAGCUAGAGCUGGAGAAGAGGAUGGAACAGCAGCGGCAGAAGCACAUCCUGGAGGAACAGGCCCAGGAAGCCCACCUUGAUAAGCUCUUGGACCAACUGAGGCAGCAAAGCCUUGAGGAAACACUGAAGCUUCACCUGGAAAAAGCCAAAGAUUUUUUGAAGAAUAUGAAACACAGGUAUGAGUGUUUCCACAAGACCCUGACAAAGGAAGUGAUGGAGUACCCAGUGCUCACACUGAGAGAACUCAACUCCUACAGCUCUACCCUUAGCCAACAUUUCUAUGUUCGUGAGAUCUUUGAACAGACCUUGGAUGGGGAAGUCAUUUUCAAAUUCAGGGAACCAGAAGCACAGGAAAAGCUCUUCCAGGAGAGUAUGAGAAAACGGAGGAGUAAACAGAGAGCUAAAGUGGAAAUGAGCAGAAGUGAGGACAGUGAAAGCGCAGGAACAAGUUCAUCCAGGCUAGCGGAAGAGAUGGAAGGAGAAGAUCAAGACAUAGAGUCUUCCUUAAAUGAAGAGAUGGCAGCGAGCCAGCAGGAACAAUCUGCACUGAGUGACGAGACGGAUGAGUCCAGUGAGGAGUCUAUUCAGGGUUUAGAAGAAAUGCAAGUUAAAAGAGACAGCUCCUUAAAACCAUCCCAGAACCAGGAAAAUGUGAUGGUUCAAGAAGAGGAGACAGAGGAGGAAGAGGAGAAAAAGAAGGAGAAGGAGAAGAGGAGGAAGAAAAAGAAGAAGGAAGAGGAAGAGGAGGAGGAGGAAGAGGAGGAACAUGAAGUGGAAGAAAAGCAGGAGGAGGAGGAGGAGGAGGAAAAGGAAGAACAUGAGAGUUUAUCUAUGGAUGAGGCCGAAGCCCAGGAAGAGCAUCUGGGGGAAAUCUCCUGUGAAGACAUGGAGUCCUUCACAACCUCCAGCGGACACACUUAUUUUGUGUUCCUACCCCUGGAACAAGAAGAAGAGAGUUUCAAAAGGCCCAAUUCCAACCUUUCUGCCAUUCUCAUCAAUGACACUUCCAGUGCCAACCUCCUAGACCAAGUGAUAAUUCCACCCAGACUAGUUUUAGGAAUUAAGAAGCAACUUCGAGCUGGUUUUUUCGAGCACCUAGAGAAGUGGUUUGACCAACGUGUCCUCAAAACCAAGGUCACUGUGGCCACCAAGAUUGAUGAGCUGGACUCAGAACUAGAGCUGCAUCUGCACCUACACAAGCCAAGAGCUGAGUGCAUUGAAAAGGACAUCCACAAUGUCAGAGCAGCUGAGCUCUUGCUUCAUCAAGAGCAGCUGGACAGCCACUGUGCUGGGGUGAUCGAGACGCUGAGAAAGGAGAGGCUGAUGUUCUACCGGUUCCAAGAAGAGCAAAACAUAAAGAGCAAAAACUUCCGCCGCAAGAUUUACAACAUGGAGCAUAUCUUCUUGAAUGCCACAAAGAGCCAGAGGCUGGUUACUCUCAGCAGCACACUGCACCGGGAGCUGCUCAGCUACAUCGACGUCGUGCAGGUGUCCCUGCGCAGCUUCCGCCAGUACUUGGAGGAGAACCUGGGCAAGCUUCACUACGCCAACAUCGAGUUCAUUAAGCACUGCAGAUUGUUUUCUGACGGAGGCAACUUUUCUGCUGAAGAAAUUGACUCACUGUGUCUUCGACUGGAGAAGGAAGCUUCUCGAAUAGAAUUUGUUGAAAGUUUAAUCAUGAUCAACAUGGAGAAGAUGGAGAAUGAAUACCUGGACCAGGCCAAUGAUGUCAUCAAUAAGUUUGAAAGCAAAUUUCAUAACCUGUCUGUGGACCUUAUUUUCAUAGAGAAAAUCCAGCGGUUGCUGACAAAUCUGCAAGUGAACAUCAAGAGCGAGGUUGCAAAAUCCAAUCUGCAAACAGAUGGAUUGAAUUCGUCUCUGGAACAGCUUCAAAGGAAAAUAGAAAUGUGUCGAAACUCAAAGGGAGAUAAAAAAGUGGUGGCCACGGAUGACCUCCUUGGCUUGGUCCGGACUUGGAAAGAAAAACUGGGCCAGAGGAUUCAGUACCUGAAUUGCAGGCUGGACAUCGUAUUCACGACUCAAGUUGUCUUUACUGAUGACAUCAUGAUCGAUAUGGAGGUGGAGAGUGACAUCCUGGUGUCUUCAGAAGUCCUUGAAGAGGAAGCCAAGGUAGACUUGGUCACCCCUGAGUCCUUUGCCCAGCCCAGCCGCAUGGGGAAGUCCAUGAUUGAAGACCCGGCUGUGGAAGUUGUCAAGAAGAUCCUGCAACUUCCCAACUCAAAAUGCUCAACCCAGCAGUGCGACAAAGAUCGGUUCCAGACAGGCUUGAAGCGACACCGGAACCGAGGAGAACAUGUCGUGAGAAAGGCCCUGUCCAGUGCCAGUGCCACUUCAACAACGAGCAUCACACGGUACUCCAAGCCCAACCGAAUGGACAGAAAGUACCAAGUGCUCGGGGAGAAGCCACCGCCGCCAGCUGAGGAUUUUAAAGGGAUCAUCCUGACCCUCCUCUGGGAGAGCAAUGAGCAUCUGCUGAAUGUUGUGGAGGAGUUUUACCGCAAAGAGAAGCACUCAGUCACCAGGCCUGACUGCAUGUACGAAAACUUUGACCAGUGUGCAGAGAAUAUCUGCAAGAGGAUCCUGGAAUACCAUGUCCAGACAGACGAGUACCAUAACUCCUGCCUCAUAGAAUUACGGGCCCAGAUGAGGAGAUUUGAGGAGCUGCUGCCCCAGGUCUGCUGGCUGGUGAUGGAGAACUUCAAAGAACAGCACUGGAAAAGAUUCUGUGCAUCUGCCAAAGAGAUCCGGGGACAGUUCUGGGAUUAUCAGGAGAAGCUGGAGAUAAGGAAGGAUGAAAAUGCCCAGAAGCUCCAUCAAAAUCUCGGACAUCCCGCACAUAUCCAAGAAAUGGAGUCUCUGUGUCAGGUGGAAGAGAAAAGGCAGAACGAUUUAGACACUGUGAUUAUGGCAACCAGGGAGAAGCUUGAGGAAUUCACCAGGAAGUACGGCCGGUUUUUCAUAGCCAGCCUGGCCACCUUCACCGAGAAGUUCCUGCUGCAGUUAGAUGAAGUGGUCACCAUCGACGAUGUCCGGGUUGCAAGGAUGGAGCCUACCAAACAGAAAACAUCAAUCCUCAUACGGAGGAAACUCUCUAGGCUUUCCCUGAAGGAAGAAAGUGAGAAGCCCCUGAUUGAGCGGGGGAGCAGGAAGUGGCCAGGAAUCAAACCCACUGAAGUCACCAUCCAAAACAAGAUUCUCCUCCGGAAAACAUCAUCCAUUAUCACCACCAAAACGACCCUGGGCCACCUGGCGGCUGUGGAAGCCCGAGAUGCCGUCUACCUGAAAUAUUUAGCAUUAUUUGAAGAGGAGUUGAAGAAGAUCCAGGACGACAACACAUUGCAGGUGAAGGAGGCUCAGCGCUGGAAAGACAGCUGGAAGCGCUCCGUGGAUACCAUCCAGGGCCUGUACUUGUGACACCCUCAACCCACCCCACAUAAAGGUUCAUUUUUUAUGGACUCCUUCUCUAUCCAUCUGUCCGCCCAUCCAUCCAUCCAUCCGUUCAUCCAUCCCUGCUCUAUACCCAGCACAGUAGCUUCAUCAGUGACCAGGACAUGGUGUGGUCCCUGCCCACGUGGAUGCGUAAGGAGGACAGAGGUGAAAGGGGGUUCCAUGUGGUUAUCAGGGUUGGUGGGUCACAGGAUUGGGCCACUUAAAAUAGAGACCAGUAAUUCAGAGGACAUAAUUCCAAUAGGCAUGCUUGGCACUUCAUCUUGGAAAAUGAAAUAAUAAAAUUAUCUGGGCAUGGGUAUAUUUACAUUUAACAAAGUGUAAGAUAAUUGCAACCAUGCAACCCACAAAGAAUUCAUCCAGUCUUGAUUGGGUAUCUGCCUGGCAACUUGCCUGACCAAAUUAUAGCAUUUUGAGGAAAAUCUUCCAGGACUCCUUAAUUUUCCUAGGGGCCCCUUAAAUCUUGUGAGACUCAGAUCCUUCCCUCUGGAAGCCUCCAUCUUGCAUCUUCCUUGCUGAUUUUCUCUUCCUUGAUUAAAUGGCCUAACCACGCCAGAUCUCAUUUGUUAGUAGCUUUUUGUGGCACUUGGAUGGACUGCUUACAUUCCUUCCUUGAUUUCAUCAACUCCUGUUCCUUUUACCUGGUUUGCAUUUUGACUUUGCAUCAGUUUGGAUUUUCCUAUGCUUUACCUGUUUUAAUGACUUGAUGAGGUAGGCUUUUGCUCCCAUUUACAGAUGUGGAAACUCAAGUUCAGAAGGUCAAGACAACCUCCUCAAAGGUAUACAGCCAGUAUAGCGCCUCAGCAUACUUUUUGGUUCCCCAAAAGUGGACAAAGACUUGGGGGCAAGCCAUUGUUUUGGAGAUGAUUCCAAGAAGCAUGAAUGAGGUCAUGGGGAAGGGGAGCCUGGAAGAAGCCUUGGCCUUGCUCUGGGCCCCUUCUAACCCUCCUCCACACACACCAGACACAUCUGUCCUCCUCACCUGUCCCCCACCCUGCAUUGCCUGUCCCCUGGCCUGUCGUUGACCUACCUCCUGACCUGUUUUCCUGUAGCCACUGUCCACACUAGGGACUGUGGGCUCAUUGUAGUUCCAGGUGCUCACAGAAGUGGACUGCAAGACCCCAGUCCUUCUCUCAAAGCUACCCUUGGAACCUUAGGGACUUCCCUAUCGAGCAGGUAGUUAGGGAAAUGGAUGCCACUGCCCCAUGAUAGAGCUGCCUCCAACCUCUUUCCAUUCUCCCUCUUGUAAGUUCUCCCAUGUCUGCUCUUUCUUGACCAUGCCUCCAUGUUCCCCACCUGAGAAGUCAGUGUGAGUGAAUGUGCCUGAGCACAUGUGAGGAUGUGGAGAGGAAAAUGACCUCCACAAUGGAGAGGAGGUGGGCAGGGGCCCCCUGGCAUCCUAGAGUUUCUCAUCACCAAGUAAACUCUUUCAGGAUGUGUUGAGCCCUGGCCUACAAGGCCAAAGCCCUUCCUUAUCCUCUGGACUCUGCCCACCUCUUGGGCCCCAGACUGGUCCUUGACUCACUCUUGGCCUCAGUUUCCUAAUUGUGCAAUAAAAGCCUGAUACAGAACCACAUAAGUGGAUGCUCAGUGAGGUCCAGCUCCUUCAAAACAGGUUGGAGUGUUGAGAUGGAGUGAUAUGGGUACAGAAAGGAACACAGUGUAUGGUAGCCAGGCUUUGUGUCCAUGGCCAGGCACACACAAGGGGUCCUGGGGAAGACCCAAGAAGAGUGCAUACACAAGCCCGCAAGCUGAUGUGUACGCGUGUACAUUGUACUAGUAGCUCCACGCAUGAGGUUGGUCUCCUUCAGCCAGCUCUGUGCACCCCACAGCUGCUGAGGCCUGGGUCAUAUGUUCACCACUGGACCCAGCAAGGGCUGUCAGUCUCAGCCACUAGGAUGAAGGGUGGGGAAGGGGCAGUUCCCUAAAGAAACACUAAUGUCCUGUUCCCAACAGAAGAGGGCAUGAAUGUCAGCCAGGCAGAAGCACCAAGUCUCAGAAUCAUACAAGCUGCCUGCAUACCUGUCUCUGCCACUAUGCACAAAGGGCUGUGUCCCAGAGAAAGGGCCUAUCUUGUACAAGGUCACAUAGUGAUUCAAUGGCAAAGCUCCUAUAUUUGCCUAUGUAUAGUAGAAAAUCCAGUAGAAAAAUAAUGUGGCACAAACAAAGAGAUUUCUAUCUCUUUCACAUAAAAGAGCUCUUUUUUCUGUUGUGGGACAACUCCAGUGACCCCCACCCCAGGCAACUGGACGAUAGCACUGACUUAUUUGUGACUUACUGACAAUAACCAGAAAAAAUCACUUAUGUUCCAGGAGAGGGGCCGUCCUCUUAACCUGCCCUUUUCUGUAUUCACAAAACUUUCCUACAACCCCUAUGGUGGAGGACAUUUGCUAAUAAAACAAACCAAAGACAAAAGCAAACCCCCCAAACCCAAAAAAGCUCUAGAGGCAGGCCGUCCUUAUUGGUCCUGGACUGCUCAUCAUGGAAGACCACGGGUCAUCUGUCCUUCCCCAGCAUCUUAGCAUGUGGUUUCUAUCAUCAAGGCUGUCCAUGGUCCAGGUCUACACUUGAGACUGCAGGCAGGAGAAAAGAAGGAGGGAAAAGAGGCCCUCCCAGCUGUAUCUGUCCCAUCUGACCAGCCUCCCCAAAGUCCCCCAUCAUACUCUGUUCACAUGUCAUUGACCUAAACUUUGGUCACUCUUAGCUGUCAGAGAGGUUAAGAACUUUAGUCUUUUCAUUUGUUGAAUUGCUGCCCAAAUCAAAACUGGUUUUUAAGCAAAGUGGGAAUGAAAAUGUGGAAACUACCAGUGCUCUUUCCUACACAGAACUUCAAGAUGAAGAGGAGAGGGGGUUAUUUCCAGGUGCGUGGGGCAUCCACAGCCUCUCUUUCCUUGGUGUUCACUCAUUCACAGAGAGAACAAAAAGUCUGUUCUAAACCAGUGUGUGAGUGGGAUUGUGUUGAUGUUUAUCUGCUUGUCCCUUAUAAGAAGACCUCAGAAAACCCUCUUCUAUUUCAUAAAUGGGGUGGAGAGAGGUGGGGUUGUGAAGUCUUGUAGGCAAGCAACAUGUUCCUAAAAAGCUGAGUCAAAAUCAUAUGUCUGUAAGUCAAAGAAUAGAAUCUGUUGACCCCACCAUGUUUGACCCUCAUGGUGAAUACUAGGAAAAAUAAUACGCAGAAAAUAAAACUAAUAGUAGUUAAAACUUCUUGUGGCAAAGUUUAUCAUGGACUAAAGAUUAAUGGAAGAAAAACUACAUUUGGAAAACAUUUUGAUAUGCAUAAUUUUAAUUAUUAUUAAAAAUAAUAAUCCCUAGGGAUGACUGGGUGGCUCAGUCAGUUAAGCGUCUGACUUUGGCUCAGGUCAUGAUCUCAAGGUUCCUGUGUUCGAGCCCCACGUAGAGCUCUGUGCUGACAGUGUGGAACCUGGAGCCUGCUUUGGAUUUUGUGUUUUCCUCUUUCUCUUCCCCUCCCCUGCUCACACUCUGUCUCUCUGUCUCUCUCUCUCAAAAAUAAAUAAACAUUAAAAAUUUUUUUAAAAAUAAUAAUCCCUAAAAUUUACAAUAGCAGAAUCUAUAAUCAGUAAAUUAUGAUAUGAACCCCAAAUCAACUUACAUAAAAAGUAAUUGAUCCUGACAUAAAUAAUUGCAAUGAAUUAAUAAUAAAAGUAGAUAAACUACAGUUGACUUUCUGUGCUAUGUAUAUUUCUCAAAUAUUAUCUCAUUUAAACUUUUUAAUACUUAAUUGACUUCAUAUUUUAGAGCAGUUUUAGGUUUAUAGAAAAGCUGAGCAAGGAACACCAAUUUCCCAUAUAUCCUAUCCCGUGCCCCCACAGUUUACUCUAUUUUUAACAUCCUAUAGUAGUGUGAUUCAUUUAUUAAAAUUUACGGACCAACUAAAGUCCAUAGUUUACAUUAGGUUUCAGUCUUUGUGUUACAUGGUUUAUGAAUUUUGACAGAUGCUUUAGUGCCAUGUAUCCACCAUUAUAGUAUCAUGCAGAACAGUUGUACAACCAACCCUCAGGCCCCAUGUUCCACCCAUUCUUUCCUCUCUUCCUCUCCCAAUCACUGACAACUAUUGAUCUUUUUACCCUGUCUAUAGUUUUGCCCUUUCCAGAAUGUCAAAUGGUUGGAAUCAUACAGUAUGUAGCCUUUCAGACUGGCUUCUUUCAUUUAGCAAUAUGUAUUUAAAGUUCCUCCAUGUACCCUAUGACCCAGCAAUAGCACUGCUAGGAAUUUACCCAAGGGAUACAGGAGUACUGAUGCACAGGGGCACUUGUACCCCAAUGUUUAUAGCAGCACUCUCAACAAUAGCCAAAUUGUGGAAAGAGCCUAAAUGUCCAUCAACUGAUGAAUGGAUAAAGAAAUUGUGGUUUAUAUACACAAUGGAGUACUGCGUGGCAAUGAGAAAGAACGAAAUAUGGCCCUUUGUAGCAACGUGGAUGGAACUGGAGAGUGUGAUGCUAAGUGAAAUAAGCCAUACAGAGAAAGACAGAUACCAUAUGUUUUCACUCUUAUGUGGAUCCUGAGAAACUUAACAGAAACCCAUGGGGGAGGGGAAGGGAAAAAAAAAAAAAGAGGUUAGAGUGGGAGAGAGCCAAAGCAUAAGAGACUGUUAAAAACUGAGAACAAACUGAGGGUUGAUUGGGGGUGGGAGGGAGGGG